CCCUGCUUCGGUACCUAAGGUACCCUCUCUUUCAGGUCGCGACAGAACUUUGCCUGUCAAUUUCGAACCAACUCUCAACAACACGCCCACCACGCAUCUUCGACUCCUCCCAGUCCCAUCUUCAUGUGUGGGAUCCACGCCAUCGUCACUCACGAUGGCAUCCCCACGCUUUCCGAUUCCCUUCGGCGUAGCCUGGCCAACCGCGGCCCCGACCAUUUCGGCCAAGUCGAGACCCGGGUGAACGGCAAGCAAGGCGCCCGCCUCUCGCUCGCCUUUACCUCGACCGUCCUUGCGCUCCGCGGCGAUCACGUCACGCCGCAGCCGUUCCAUGAUGCUUCCACUGGCUCCGUCCUUUGCUGGAAUGGCGAGGCGUGGAAGUUAGCGGGCCAGGCUGUUGAGGGUAACGAUGGCGAAGCUGUCUUGGCGAGGCUUCUCGCCGCAGCCGCUGAUGAUGAUGAUGAUGAUGACGAUGCCGGCGGGGAAGCGGUCUUGGACGUACUACGGUGCAUCGAAGGUCCCUUUGCUUUCAUCUUCUUCGACAAGCCUUCUUCCCGGCUGUUUUACGGCCGCGACCGUCUGGGACGCCGGUCCCUGCUCGUCAACCGCGACGACUCUGGCUUUGUCCUCUCCAGCGUCGCCGAAACCGCUUCGCCCGGCUGGUUCGAGGUGGAAGCGGACGGCAUCUACGUUGUGAACCUGACAAGAGAAGACGACGAGCGGGGCGUUUUCGUGUCGCCCUCGCGAAGGCCCUGGAUGAUUGACCAAGCGGCCGACACCAUCCUAAACAUUGGUCAACUGAACAUGACCACUCCAUCCGAGGCACUCCCCCCUCUUGGAUCCAACUCCUCUGUUAUUCGUCGAUUGCAUGAAGAAUUGACCGAGUCAAUGCGAAUGCGCGUCCUUCAUAUUCCUGCUCCUCCCAAGCUGGAAGAGGGAUCAAACCAAACUAGGGUCGCCGUCCUAUUCUCGGGCGGUCUCGACUGCACCGUAUUGGCUCGUGUGGCUAGUGAGCUUCUUCCUCAAGAUCAGGGCAUCGACCUGCUCAAUGUAGCUUUUGAGAAUCCUCGUGUCGCCCUUCACCGUGGCCAGGAUGUCACGACCAGCAUCUAUGAGGCCUGUCCGGACAGGAUAACCGGCAGAAAGGCUUUUGCAGAGCUCGCCGUGGUCUGUCCAUCACGGAAGUGGAGAUUCGUCGCAGUCGACGUCCCCUACACGGAAACGCUGGCUCACAGGAGUCAAGUGAUAUACCUCAUGCACCCGCACAACACCGAGAUGGACCUAUCGAUUGCCUACGCCCUCUACUUUGCGGCCCGUGGCGCGGGCGUCGCUCAGGAAAGGCCCUCCGACGCCCCCCAGGCGUACUCCACCACGGCCAGGGUCCUCUUCUCUGGACUCGGUGCCGACGAGCUGUUCGGGGGCUACUCUCGUCACCUGGCGGCAUUCGAGCGGUCGGGCUACCCCGGCCUGGUGGACGAGAUCAAGCUUGAUGUCAGCCGGCUAGGAAAGCGAAAUUUAGGACGCGACGACAGGAUCAUGGCCCACUGGGGCCGCGAAGUGCGAUUCCCCUAUCUCGACGAGCGAUUGGUCCGAUGGGCGAUAGAGACGCCCAUAUGGGAGAAGUGCGACUUUCAGCAUCCAGAGACCGAGUCGCGUGUGGAACCUGGCAAGCGGGUUUUGCGGCUGUUGGCGGAAGAACUGGGAAUGCCCUCUGUCGCGAGGGAAAAGAAGCGGGCGAUCCAGUUCGGUUCUCGAACUGCCAAGAUGGAGAGCGGUCGGACGAAGGGGACCAACCUGGUCACCCCCAUGAUACAUGACGGGGCAGGGUAACGAACAAGACUUGCGAGUGCAGCUACAGGCCUGGCGAUGAUGACAAUCAGAUACUUCCAAGUCGUGGACAG